ACGGCGUUUCGUGCUGAGCAGUUGGCUUGAAGUUUUGGCUGGUGAAGACGGCGCGACGUAAAGACCGUAUACCGAUAAAAGGCAGCCAAUCGGGUGAAAUCUACGACAACAACAACAACGGGUCGUGUCUUCUUUAAUCAAUGUUCGCCGUUCGGCAUUUCAGCGCAUGCCAAAAGUGUACGAAAAUUAGUGAGAAAAUUGUUAAAUAAAUAAUACCAAGUCAAGCAAAGCGAAAUGUAAAUAAAUGAGGCCAAGCGAUAAAAGAGAGUCGCGAAUUAUGGCACACACCCGCUUAUAAAUAGGCAAGCGGCCACAAAGGAAACGAAAAGUACCAAAACAAAAUCAAAGCAACAAGAACAAAGCGCAGCAAAAGAACGAGAGUUCACAGUGUUGAAAUUUAAACAAAAUAAAAUUCAAUUUGUGACAGGUCAAGUGGCUACCUGGCCGAGACGAGACGCAGUGGUGGUGCUGGUGGUGCUGGCGGUGCUGGUGGCAGCGCCACAAUUAUGACACAGGCCAUGCCACAACGGAGAUCGAGCCGGCAAAUCUGCUGGCUCAUUGCGGCACUUACCGUGGCUGGGCUUACAGCUAGCGAUGCUCUGCCCUUUCUGUACACAAACGCGCGGGCGCCCAUCAACUGGACGCAGCCGGAGCUGGACGAUUGGCAGGUCGAGGUGCAGCCGCGCAGCAUAUUGCCGCACGUGGAGCUGAAGCGUCAUGCGAAUCGGACCAAUAGCCAGCCCGCCGAUAGCGAUGCGGAGUUCCUGGAACGUUUGCGCGUUCUGCGCCAGAAUCGCACCUCGCCGCGCAUGCUGUGGUACGAUGCAGCCGCCGGCGAUGGCCUCACCUAUCCGCCUUUCGUGGACAAGGCUCUGAAACUGUUCAAUCUGAAGCAGGUGGCCUUCGAGAUUGAGAACAGCGUCCUGUCCAAGGUGUCCUGCACGGCGUGCAAGGCGGGCGCCGGCCUGCUGCAGCACUACAUCAAGUCCGGCAAGACGGAUGCGGAGCUCAUGAAAAUGAUUGCCCAGUACUGCACCAAUCUGAGCAUACAGAGCCCGCGAGUCUGCGAGGGCGUCGCCCAGCUCUUUGGCAGCGAGGUCAUCUAUGUGCUGCAGCGCGUCAAUCUGGGACCCGAUGAGCUGUGCAGCUUCAUCAUUGGCGACGGCUGCGGCGAUGUCUAUAAUCCCUAUCACGAGUGGGAGGUCGUCUUUCCGCCGGUGCCCAAGCCGCCGCGACUGUCGGAGCUGCCGAUGCCGCUGGAGGCGGCGCCGUUCUUCAAGGUGCUCCACAUCUCCGACACCCACUACGAUCCUCACUAUGUUGAGGGCGCCAAUGCGGACUGCAAUGAGCCGCUCUGCUGUCGCCUGAGCAGCGGUCGCCCCGCCAAUCCGAAUGCGGCGGCGGGCAAGUGGGGGGAUUACCGCAAAUGCGACACGCCCAAGCGGACCGUGGACAAUAUGCUGGAGCACAUUGCCGAGACCCACAAGGAUAUUGACUAUAUACUCUGGACGGGUGAUCUGCCGCCGCACGAUGUCUGGAAUCAGACGAAACAGGAGAAUCUGGAGAUCAUCAAGGAGACAGUCAAACAAAUGACCGAGAAAUUCCCCGGCGUGCCCAUCUUCCCGGCACUGGGCAAUCACGAGAGCGCGCCGGUCAACAGUUUCCCGCCACCCUAUGUCAACCAGGUGGACAUAUCCAUCAAUUGGCUCUACGACGAGCUCGACGUCCAGUGGCGUCGCUGGCUGCCGCAGAGCGUCUCCCACACGGUGCGUCGUGGCGCCUUCUACUCGGUGCUGGUCCGUCCCGGCUUUCGCAUCAUUUCGCUCAACAUGAACUACUGCAACAACAAGAACUGGUGGCUGUUGCUCAACUCCACAGAUCCCGCCACGGAGCUGCAAUGGUUCAUCUAUGAGCUGCAGAGCGCCGAGUUUUCCAAUGAGAAGGUCCAUGUCAUUGGCCACAUACCGCCGGGUCAUUCGGAUUGUCUGAAGGUCUGGUCACGCAAUUUCUACAAGAUCAUUUCGCGCUAUGAGAGCACCAUUACCGCUCAGUUCUAUGGACACACGCACUUUGAUGAGUUCGAAAUGUUCUACGAUCCACAUGAUUUGACGCAUUCAAAUAGCAUUGCCUAUAUCGGACCCUCCGUAUCGCCCUAUUACGAUCUGAAUCCAGGCUAUCGCAUUUACUAUGUGGACGGUGAUCACGAUACAACGACGCGUCUGGUCAUUGACCAUGAAUCCUGGAUAAUGAAUCUGAAGGAGGCAAAUCUUUAUGGAUACCCGAUCUGGUACAAGCUAUAUACAGCCAGAGCUGCAUACAAUAUGAAGGCGCUGCGGCCCAGCGAUUGGGACAAGCUGCUCAACGAGCUGACCGACAAUCAGGAGCUGUUCGAGAUGUACUACAAGAAUUACUGGAAGAACUCGCCGGCGCGACCCACUUGCGAUGCGGAGUGCAAGAAGCGCAUGUUGUGCGAUUGCAAGAGCGGACGCUCACACGAUCGUCGCCAUUUCUGUGCAGAUGUGGAGUCGAAGAUCGAUGAGGGCUCCUCGAAGUCAUGGAAGUCUUGGUUCUAUCGCGGACUCACCAAUUCCGGGGAAGAGAACAACGUGGAGCCGGAGAGCACAAAUCCCAAUGGCUGGGAAGGGUUGGAUGUGGUGUUUGGUACAUACGGUUGAGGUCAAAGCGACAAAUUGUAAAUAUUAUCAACGAAUAUUACAAAUAUUUAUGUUUAAGCACUGACUAAACGGGUUGCUGGUGAUAUUCUGUAAACCUUUAAUUAAGCAAAUUUGACAAUAAACUUUACAAGAUUUUAACCUUAA